AUGGUUCGCGGCGGCAGUCGCCGAUCAAACACCGUCAAAACUGCACCAGGGGUGUCCACUUCCGGCGCCGAGAGCAGCGCCGUGGAGAUGGGCACCGAGAAGUCUGAAGUGUACAGCACUAACAUGACGCAGGCUAUGGGGCAGAGCCCACUUGAUGUUGAUAAGCUUCGGAAGAUUGGUGUAAAAACUGUAUUCUGCUUGCAGCAAGAUUCAGAUCUUGAGGAUUUUGAUGCUUUUGAUUUGCGAUUGAGGCUUCCUGCUGUGGUUAGCAAACUGCACAAGCUUAUCAACUGUAAUGGUGGUGUAACAUAUAUACAUUGUACUGCUGGACUUGGAAGAGCUCCUGCUGUUGCAUUGGCUUAUAUGUUCUGGAUUCUUGGGUACAGUCUCAACGAAGGACAUCAGCUGCUGCAAAGUAAACGGGCUUGCUUUCCGAAGUUGGAAGCCAUUAAGUUGGCAACUGCUGACAUUCUGACAGGAUUAUCCAAAAACACAAUCACUUUGAAGUGGGAAGACGAUGGUUGUUCCUCUGUUGAAAUUUCUGGGCUCGACAUUAGCUGGGGCAGCUUCAGUGUUGUCUAUAUACUAGACCAAGUUCGUGCACUAGAAAAUGAGAUGGUUCUUCGUUUAAAGAAACAAGGGCUUGACUAUCUAUAUAGCAUGUUGAUGAAGAAAUCUGCUGCAAUCAUGCUUAGUGGAAAGAAGCCUGUCCAGGCCGCAGUUACUUUGGUUGACUUUGAAGAUGUGCUUGAAAAUAAUGAGAAAUCAAUACAUAAUGCAGUUGCUGACUAG